AUCAUAUGUCUGGAAAGCCGCCGAGAGUUGAGGAUGGUAAAGAAACAUCAACUGGAUCCAUCAUCUUCAAAUCGGAGUAUUCAUGUUUUAAAGCAACUUUGACGACAAGGUGUUCACGAUAUAGGAUGACGAUUCCAAAGGAUCUAGCCGUGACCAAAGGUCUUAUGAGUAAGAAGACUAUAGAAAUUGAAGACUCAACUGGGAGAUUGUGGCCUGCUAAACUUGUGAGUCUCACGUCUAAAGAGAACAAUAAGACUUGCGGCUUGGCCAUGUCAACAGGUUGGGGAGAAUGUUCUAAAGCCAACAAGAUUGCAGUUGGGGACACCGUUGUUUUUGAGUUUGUUAAACAAAGUGUAAUUCGACUUCAUAUUUUUAGAAAAGGUCUAGGAACAAGAGGAGGCAAUAAUAGGCCUAACUCUGUGGUACUUGAUGCCCCCAACAUCAAGAACUAA